AAGCCCCUCCACCUAACACCAAAGCCAGACCGGGGGCGGGGGGGGAGAUGUCUUCUGUCUCUCCCACCACCGCGAUUCCCAGCGUGGUGGCGACGAUCAAGCAAGAAAACGUCCUGGAAAUGUUCUGCGGCGGGACGACCGAGAAGGUAACCUCGGGCGGUUCGGCUCCCACGUCUGCACCGCCUUCUCGUCUUGCAGCGGCGGUGGCAGCAGCUCCUUUUGCUAGGAAGGAAAAAGCCAGGGAAGAGGAGGACGAGGAGGAGGAGGAAGCAGCAGCAGCAGCAGCAGCCGCCGGUAGGGUUGCGGGUCAAGUUCUACUCCACUCGGAACUUUUGGUGAGGAAUCCGGCCGGGUCUCCCUUGUCCUCGCCUUCGCCUCGGUCGUCCUCCUCGUCGUCGUCGUCUUCCUCCUCGCCCCAGGCUCUGCUCGCUUUCUCCCCGGACCACGUCGCUUGCGUCUGCGAGGCUUUGCAGCAAGGCGGGAACCUAGACCGCCUGGCCCGGUUCUUGUGGUCCCUGCCCCAGAGUGACCUGCUACGUGGCAACGAGAGCCUGCUGAAAGCCCGGGCGUUGGUGGCUUUCCACCAGGGACUCUACGCCGAGCUCUACGGGAUUUUGGAAAGCCAUAGCUUCGACGCCGCCAACCACCCUCUCCUGCAGGAACUCUGGUACAAGGCGCGCUACACCGAGGCGGAGAGGGCCCGCGGCCGACCCCUGGGCGCCGUCGACAAGUACCGCCUGCGCAGGAAGUUCCCGCUGCCCCGCACCAUCUGGGACGGCGAGGAGACGGUCUACUGUUUUAAGGAGAAAUCGCGCAAUGCCCUCAAGGAGCUCUACAAGCAGAACCGCUACCCUUCCCCGGCCGAGAAGCGCAACUUGGCCAAGAUCACCGGCCUCUCCCUCACGCAGGUCAGCAACUGGUUCAAAAACCGGCGGCAACGGGAUCGCAACCCCGCGGAGCCGCAGUCCAAAAGUGAGUCGGAUGGUAAUCCCAGCACAGAAGAUGAAUCCAGCAAAGGGCAAGAGGACUUGUCUCCACGUUCCCUUGCGAGCACCUCUGAUGGUGGCACCAGCUUAAGCCUUCCUAGCCCAAUGGAGCAAGUAUAUAUGCAGCAACUUGGAAACUCCAAAAUAUCCUUAAGCUCUUCAGGAGUUUUACUGAAUGGAAACCUAAUGCCUCCCAAUCCAUCUGUUUUUCUUAAUGGUACUUCUUUCAUUCAGGGCCCCAAUGGUCUCCUUCUCAAUGGUCUCGGUGUGGGAUCUUCUCAGGCAGUAUCAUCAAGUCCACUCAAAACAUCACCCCAUGCUUUGAGCAAUGGAGUCUCCAUGGGUGAUAUGUUAGUCCCUUCCUCAGAAGAUGUGAAAGACUUCAAACUCCUCCAGACUUCUCUGUCCAAUUCCAUUGCGCCAUCAACACCCACAACAACAUACAGCCCCAAUUCUGGGCCUGUCUCUUUCCCAGGCUUGACACCAAGCAUGGAAGUAAAGAGGGAAGAAAGUGAAGAAGCAAUAGCAUCGCAAGACAGUGGCUCAGUAGUCACUUUUACCACUCCAAUCCAAAUCAACCAAUAUGGCGUUGUCCAAAUCCCUAAUUCAACAAACAGUGGCCAGUUACUUAAUGGAGGCCUCAGUUUUUCUCCGAUGCAGCUGCCCUCAGUAUCAGCAGCAACUUCCCGAGGUAGUCUUUCCAUUAACCAAGGCACAUCAAGCAAUGGCACAUUUACUACUGACUCUACGACCGCUGCCGCACAACAAGGGAAAGUGUUUUUUAGCUCCCUUGCUCCCAGCACUGUGGUGUACACCAUCCCAAACACCAGCCAGGCAGUUGAGCCGGUGAAACAGGAAGGACUGGAAACAAGCCUGGUGUUUUCUCAAGUCAUGCCCCUUGGUCAAAAUGCCCAACUUCAUGCUAAUCUACCUUCAGACAACUUACCCAAUGGGGUCAUGCAGCCAGGAGGAGCCUCUUCCUCCUUAGUUAACGUGACUAUAUCACAUAACUUUUCCCUUGGACCACCUUCUCUUUUAAAUGCAGAGGAACUCAACUCGGCCAUUUCUGAGAGCCCACCAAUGCAACCCCCCACAACAAGUGGGCCGACUGUUGUUUCCAUUAGUAAUGCAAACUAUGCAGCACUUCAGAACUGCUCCCUUAUCAGCAGCCAUGACCUGGUGUCCAUUUCUCCAGUGCAGCCGGCACUAACAGGGAUUGGUGGGGUAGCAAGCAAUGACAUUGGAUCCCACUCCUCUUUGCAAGGACAUCCUCAUUUCACUCGAGAACAGCGGCUGAUCCUGCAGUCGAUUCCCACUCUAAAGGAAAACUUUUUAUCUGAUUCAGAAAACAGAUCAGGAAGCAGUUCGAUGAUGCUGGAUUCCAAAACCAAAUAUGUUACUAGCAAUAUAGUUGAUGCAAUCUGUGAAGAACUGGGGACAGACAAGAAACAGCUGGCUAAACUCCAGACAGUACAGAUGGAAGAAGAUAUGCAAGACUUGUAAAAAAA